AUGUAUUACUCGCUUUUGCGGGGCCUAGCUACCUUUACCUCCCUUACCCACCCACUCACUGACGCACUGCAUAUACCCAGCUUUUCUUCUCUCCUCCUGGCGAAAUCCUCUGGGCUGCUUAAAAAGGCCCUCCGCAGUCUAUCGAAGUUUGGCUCGGGAAGCCGUGUCAAGAAGAAGCAGCACGUCCUGUUUAAGGCGAUCUGGAACCCGCCCGUGAACUUCGAUCAGCUUGUGCGCGAUGCCAAGAAGUAUAACUUGAAAGACGUGUGGCAGGAUGCUGCAAAUCUUGUCGAAAGCUCCGGGGAACUGGAGCGAUCCCUCGCUCUUGUCGAGAAACCCGAGAAUUUUGCGCCUUUGACGGAGAUCGACCUUCCCUGGCCCGGCUCCUGGAUUCCUGUUCUACAAUGGCAGACCAGAGUUCUCGAGUUCUGCAAGAGGAAGCCGCCCCCCCCCCCCCCCCCCACGCUAGAAACACCUUCAACUGGCACAAGGUCUCAGAUCGGAAAGAGGAAACGUGAUACGAUCCGCAUGCAAGAAACCGCGGAGCUUGUGGGUUGGCUAAAGAAGUCAUACGCGCCGUGGAAUGAGCAUUUCAAUGGGCAAAUUCCUCUGCACGCCGAGCUCAGCAAGAACCUCAUUCCCCACAGGGGGGGCGUCUAG